AAUUUGGCUAAAUCUGUUAUGUGGGUGUCCUGUAGAUCCUAGUGUAUUGUAUCACAUGCCUUAUUCCUCUGCCAUCUUCUGCAUAACAUAGCAACAGGAUUCAUUAUGAAUGUACAAUUCAUUUGUAUUGUAGGCUAAAGCACUCUCUGUAUUGCCUUUCUACUGUCAUUUGAAAAUGUUGCAAGUGCCCCCUCUAAUGGUUAGUGAUCCUUAUUACAGGAAAUGCUUCAUUGCUGUCUAAGCCUGUUCACAGUCACACAUGGACAUCUCUUAAAUUGAGAUAUAUUUUCAUUGACAAUGAAACAGGCCAUAGACUAGUAACUAAGGAGAUAUAUCAAUGUGCUUACCCCUCAAUAUCCUUUUGUGAUUCCUCUUAUCACUAGCAACUGUUGUUGUCAUGGUAUAGUAACAACAGUCACUUUUACUGUUGUGUGCAUCUUGAUGCAUAAUGUAUUUACUAUAGAGACAGACCGGCCUCUCAUGCCUUCAUCAGUCCUCUUGCAUAUCAAUGGGCUGGAGUAUAGAGAGCACGUAAUUCACGGUUCGGUUGGGUCAAUGAAAUAUACAGAACUCACAAUAAGGUGUGUGCGUUGACCUUGCGGUUUCCACUUGUGUAUGAUUGACUUUUCAAGGAUAGAGACCAGACUCUAUUUGUGUCCAUGGGGUCUAAUGACGUUCAUUAGUUACUAAGAGAACUGUAGGCCUAGUUGUUAAAAUGGGCUUUGUGUUGUUUCUGGGAAAACAAACUCUAUUUUAGGUUGUCUGAUUUAUGAGGAGCACACAAAAACGUCAAAAAUAAAGCCUUAUCUGAAGGAAACAACAGGAGAGGAAAUCUUUAAUUUCCUCGUUUUGGGGUCUGGAGUUUGCAGUCGUGGUAGCAAGCGCUUCCCAUGUUAAGUAAGCGCAGUUCUCAAUUAUGUAUUAUGUUGUCUUGGUAACAUUGACAUCUACAGUAGAAACAUUAAUAUGCCAACAAACUGAUGUCAAGCUGCUAGUUGACAGAUGUUCCUUGUAGAGUAAUACACUCGCUACUACUUCAGCUCCAGCAAUCCCAUCAGUCAGCCUGCAGAUCAGGAUCCUAAUCCUACAGCUGGCCCUAUGUCCCUGGCCUUCUCUCUCUCUCUCUCUCUCUCUCGGACUCGGACCUUAGCCAGAAGGGCUUACUCUAUGCAAAGGGAAGACUGCAUCCCCAACCGUGGGGACACAAUGUGCCCAGAGGCUGAAACUGAACAGUAUCUUACACCCCAAGGGUCUCUCACACCAAAGGUUGCACCACAAGGGGGACUGGGAGGGCUGUAGGACUUGGGUUCAGGCUAGUAUCCCCUACCCCACUACCUGCCUCCUCCGUGCCCCUAGGGUUCCCUAUGUUCCCUGGCUGUAGGCUACUGUGCCUUCUCCCUGGACUCCUUUCUUAUUUUUCUGCCUACCUUGGCGAAGCAGGGCCUAUGUUUCUAAACGUUAGAGGGCAGGAGAACUCCUGGGCAGCUGUUUCUAGGUCCCUGUAAACACAUGUUUUCUUCUGUGGACAGUCGGGGGUAGAGGGGUAGUAGGGGGUAUAAACAGCCUCUAUGUGGCAACACACUCUUAGAAAAAAAGGUUACAUCUAGAACCUUAAAGGUUUGGCUAUCCCUGUAGGAGAACCAUCUGAAGAAUCCUUUUUGGUUGCAGGUAGAACCCUUUUGGGUUUUACAUGGACCCCAAAAGAGUUAUACAUGGAACCAAAAAGGGUUAUCCAAUGGGGACAGCCGAAGAACCCUUUUGGAACCAUUUUUUCAAAAUCCGAUGUCACACAAAGCAAUCUGGAUGCAAUUGAUGUUGCUUGAAACAAAGUUGCAUCUGGGUUGCUCCGCGUGUCACCCUAACAUAAUUGCCUGCAACCUAGUUGUAUUGGACCGCAAGAGAUACAAAUCUAUCCUAUUUCCUGCAACUGACUGAAUGCAAUGUCCAAUCAAUGAGCAGAAAAAAGUUGACAUGACUCGUCAUAUCAUUCUGUUGUCAUGUCAACACAGCUGUCAGUGCUGAUAAAAACUGCGACAGACGAGACAUGGGAAAUGUAUCAACAAUUCUAUACGUCAUUUCUAGUCAUGGUUUAUGUACAUGGUCUGGCAGUCAAUAAAUUGCAUUUUAUAAGUGAACCCAAACCUUUCCCUGUACAGUUUCAACUGAAAUUGUCCAACAUGAACUGCACUAGCUAGCUAGCUUAUUUCGUUGCUAGCAUGGGAAACAAACGCUAGCCAGCUAGCUUGAAAAAAAAAAAAAGAAAGGCAAAUAGACAACGUUUUGGCUAGUUAGAUAUAUUGUACAUCCAGUAUUUUUUCAAUAUCAAUGCUGUUACAAUUACCAACCGGUUUGAUAAACAAAUUAUUUAUAAAACCAUGAUGUGAUGUAUGACAGGAUUGGAUGUUGCAUGCAAUUUCAAUUGUGUUUGAAUUGCUUCAUGUAUCAGAAAAUUUGCGUGAGAUGAUGUCAUUUUCAAUUUGCAUUUGUAACAGAAAUGUAGUCCAAAUUGCUUCAUGUGACACAGUCUUAAGAGUGCAGGGCAGCCAGGCCAGAAGCUUUGAUCUUGUGGUUUCUACUUGUGUGUGAUUGACUUCUUAAACUCCUUUCAGUCUCCCUGUUUUGUUGUGGAGAUUAAACUUUUCAUUGUGUUUUCUUAUUUUAUAAUCACAUUCUUUAAGAGAGUGGUACAGUUGUCUUCAAAAAGUAUCAUUUCUAAUACCUGAUCAACUCAUAAACAUUAUCUGUAAUGUUAUUGGUAAAUCAAAUGGGUUUGUGACCUGUUGACUGCUGAAAUACUAUAUUGAGAGACACUUAGGCAAGAGGAGUUUAUUUUUGUGUUUGACCUUUAGUUCUAGCCUAGGCAGUGUCUCUUUGACAGCUCAAGAAUAGUACCACUGCAUUCACAAGGUUAAUUGUGCUUUGGAACAAUGACACGAAACCAUAUAAUGUAAAUGCUGCACUUCCAAAUAAGGAAUAGGCUACUUUAUAUGGAUAUAGUGGAGUCAUGUGGUCUCUCCUUAGGCUGAAUAUUAUGUGUAGCUCAGACUUUUGCAUAAAAGUUAGCAUUUGGCCCAUUUUGGAGGAUCAACAGAAUUUAUAUUGCAAAACAAUUAGACAAAAAAUGUGCAAUGCAUUAUUUGUCCGAGAUGUUAUGUUUUAGUUACUCCUACAUUGACCGUGUUCAACCUAAAAGACAACCGUACUUGAAUGUUAUCCCUGUUCUUGUGGACAUGAGUUAUGUGAAGCGAGCUCUCCCACAGAUUACCAGUUGCCAUUACUGCCAUAUGACUGGCAGGGAACAAAGAUGAGAUUGAUGGGAGGUCAGCGCUGUAGUAAAGCAUUUAUGUUUGACUGUUAGACCUCGUGCUUAGCUCUGAGAAUGGAAUCAGGAACCAGAAGCAUCCCAAGGCCAUGACAUUUACGGCUACACGAUCACAACAGAACUGCACAGAUAUGGAGCUGUAUUUGUAGAGUAGUCAUUUAAUGGUGGCAAAGCUGCAAUAUGUAACUUUUUGGUGACCCAACCAAAUUCACGUAGAAAUAUGAGCUAUAGAUCUGUCAUUCUCAUUUGAAAGCAAGUCUAAGAAGCGGUAGAUCUGCUAUGUGGGCUAUUCCUAUGCUUCCCGUUAAGUUUCGUUUUUGCGUCUUUGACUUUCGGUUUUGUACACCAGCUUCAAACAGCUGAAAAUACAAUAUUUUUUUGGUAAGGAAAAUAUAUUUCAGUGGUUUAGAUGGUACAAUGAUUCUCUAGUCUAGACUAUUCGUGCUUUGUUUUGUCACAUAAACUGAAAUUAAAACGAUUAGAACUUUAGCAAUCAGGGAAUGGCGGAGCGAUUUCUGCAUAGUGCAGCUUUAAUAUUAGUUUAAUAGAAAAUAGGGCAAAUUAAAUUAAAGGUACAAUUACGAGUACAUGGUUCGAGUGAAAUAGUUUAAAAUCAUCAGAAGUUCCCAACAUCAAAGGAUACACGAUUGAUGAACAUGUGCCUUCUUAAAAUAUAAGAUGCAAGGUAGCCUAAAUGAAUGAAACACAAUGAGACAAGGAUAACACCAAGUUGAACUGACCUAGGCUUGAGUUGUCAGGUCUUCAGGUCAAGGGGACAUAAUCGUGUCAAAUUGCUGCAUUGUGCAUUAACACCUGGUAGCCCACUUCUAUCGGGAUAAUUUUUGGUCAUCUCUGCCCCUGUGGUGGCUGUAUUGUGAAACAGGUGGGGGGGUCAAACCCCUAUAGGUCGGUCUUAGUUGUGCAUUGACCCCUGAGGUGAGCGGCCUCAUUCAGCUCCAGGUUGGGACUUAGCAGAUAUUUUGACAGCUGCCACGGCAGCAAUAGUGCAGAUAUUGGAAGUAGUCAUGUCAGAAUGGAGGAAUGUGACUGUUUUGUCGUGAGCACGCUUUUCAGCAGCAGCUCUGGUAUUUUGAGGGGCCUGGGGCGGAGCCGAGAGAAAUUCGAUUGGAUAGUAAGGAUUUUUUUUCAACCCAAAUUUUUAUAUAAGUGUGUCUCAUAACAGGACAUUGUGUAGCUAUAGUAUUCAUUAUCCAUACGGUGCAAUGUUGUGGUUUAAAUACACAUAUUUUCUAGCCUACAAUGCCUACAAGCAUUGUAGGCUAUAUGGCGUUGUGUAUAGGCUUGUACACUUACAUAAGAAAGUCACUUGACUUAAGUCAGUAGGCUACUAAUGCCUCAUAUGGGCUGUGAAACAAAAUACAUAGGGUUUAAGUGUCUGGAACUCGAUCUGAUUUUUACAUUCACAGUCCUGCUUCAUGAGAAGGUCACUGUUAACCUAAACGUCCCAACUGCUUCUCAGAGUCACGGGCUACCCUAGGACAAACGACUGGAUUGAAGAACGACCUAGUGGAAAAUCACCACACCGCUGAGGCCUCUGACAGUCUGGUCUACUGGAGGCAUCAUUCAGCAUAGCUUCUGUCAGCAGCUCACCAAUUACAUCAUGUGACACCCCAUCCGUAAACUUUUUCCUCUUAAGGCCUCGAGAGAGUUGAUUGGUGAAAUGGACUCCACGACAAGUCAGGGGGCCACAAAUGAGGGGAUGGGGGAGAUGUGUGUUUAAGCCGUUACUAUAGAAACAGAAAACAAAUACACUAGGCUAUACACUCAACAAUUACGAAUAUGACACAUUAUAACUGUAAAAAUACCAUUUACAUGAGUUGAGCAUUUAUAUAGACAUUGACUAGAUCUUUGGUCUUGUAAAAGUUUAUAAUUAUUGUGUGGCGUUUAGUAAAGUCUUUAUACCCGCCUACACAGUCUCAGUUGAGAGUAGACCUAUAAACCCAGAACCUAUGGUUCGUCAUAAUACGUAGGGCUUCAACGGUGGGUCACCAGACUUAAGUCCGAUGAGCGAUCAGCUGAUGUGCGUUUGGUAAUGUGACUUUGGCCUCAGUCAAGGCUUACUCGAUGCGGUUCUUUGCUCCUUGACAGCACCCCAUAAUGGUCCUCUCUGAUUGGCUGGUGUCCGUUUCUACGCACUGCCAGAAAGCAUUAAGGUGACACCUAUAUCCUUGGAUAACAUGAAGUUUGUAACAGACGUGGCUAGUAGCAACUCCCCUCUCCCUGUCUUUGAGGACUCACGUCCCACCAGCAUAGUGUGAUGCAGUGGGGUAAAAAGUGUGAUAAAGAGGGUGUGCUGUGAGUUCAUACUACUAAAAUGACAUGGGCGCUUCCUGUUUUGUUCACCUCAAACUCACAUUGAAGAUGGGCGAUAAUUCUCAGCAUAUGGGACAGAUGAUGCAGACACUCAGUUACAUGUCCCAACACAGAUUCUGGGGGAUCACUCAGUAGCUCAGAUGUCUGGGAAACAACCUGAUAGCCUGGUUCACAGGAUAUUUUCAGGCCUGCUUAUCUGUCAGAUUUUCCAUACAGGAUUAUUAUAUUCACUCAUUCACCAAUUAGCUGAAUCGAAGACCAUCCUUCAUGACUGUAGUUAACAACAAAGUUGGUUCAAACUGAUCAGGGAAUCAGUCAAAUGACACUCUCCACUUCAGCUCAGCGAGGGACCAAAUCCUGCCUAUAAUGGUUCUUUAAUAUGGAGGUGUGAUCUGCAUUCCAAGUUUAUAAGUGAGGUGUAAGGCCUUGCAGAUGAUGGAGUCUCAGUUGGGCAGUAUGGCGUAGGGGUGUGAGAGCUAUGUUAACUGGGUGAACCUCAAGCAAUGUCCAAAUGCUAUUAAUACCAGUGGGAUCAGCCAGGCAGUAUUUGUAGUCACUGGUACUUGGAGCCGAGUACACUUGGCUUUUUGUUUUGACACGGACACCCACCUUAGUCGCUGUCCUGCAAUCUGGAUUCAAGGCUUUAGUCUCUCCCUACCUUGUGGUCUAAGUGGACGUAUUGUAAAGUUAAUUCAUUGACUGUCUGCAGAGUUGUUUCAGUGUUGGAUUGAUCUUCUUUGGAUUGAACUUUUAGAAGGUUACCUCUACCAGAAGUUUAUGCCUGUUUAUUUUCUAUGCUUUGUUUGCAAUACUCUGGGUGGUUUCUUCAAAGUCAGGAUUUCUACCUUGAGGGUUGUAAUUGCUGGACUCUGAACUCAACACACACAGAGGACUCUGAGAAAGCGUGUUUGGACUGCGAUUACAUGCAGACAAAAUCUGAAGAUCUGGCUAAUUCACCAAUCUUCCACACCCAGAUAACGCUAUAUUCGAAUCCUCGAAAUGUGAACUGGAAAUGGCGUCUUAACUCCACUUUCGAGAAAGAACUCUUACAGAUGCUGUGUAGAAAGUGUUGGUGAAGCAACAGAUCAAUAACUGUGUCCUGCAAGGCAUAUAACUUCCGUUCUAUUGACCAUAUUAUUGACUAUUAUCAGAGGGCUCCAAUUGAUUGAUUGCUUUUCACUACUUGGUCAGACCAAGGUGUGGACAAGAUGCGUGAGUUGAUCUUACCUAUCCCAGUGCGGAAAGAGAGGGAGCGCCAGAACAGUCUCCCGGCUCCCUCCCCGCCAUUGUCAUUACUUAUCACCUCCUACUCCAUCCAGACUUCUAAGAAGUUUCCCUUUUUCCACUUCAAAAAAUGUAGAUAUGAAGCGGAAAAUGCCUUCUUCUGCAACCUGAAGCUGUUGGACUUCAACAUAAUUGACACGUUGGGGGUCGGAGGCUUCGGACGUGUGGAGCUGGUAGGAUGUUUAAAUAAAGUGCAGCUAAAAAGCGAUGAGAUCAAAACUUUUGCGAUGAAGAUCCUGAAGAAGAGGCACAUCGUGGACACUCGGCAACAGGAGCACAUCCGCUCCGAGAAGCAGAUCAUGCAGGAGGCCCACUCAGACUUCAUUGUCAGGCUGUAUCGGACAUUCAAAGAUGCCAAGUAUCUUUACAUGUUGAUGGAGGCUUGCCUUGGGGGAGAGCUCUGGACCAUACUUAGGGACAGAGGUUCAUUUGAAGACUCGACCACGCGGUUCUACACAGCCUGUGUGGUGGAGGCCUUUGCUUACCUACAUUCCAAAGGGAUCAUCUACAGGGAUCUCAAACCCGAGAACCUCAUUCUGGAUCACAGAGGCUAUGCCAAGCUGGUGGACUUUGGCUUUGCCAAGAAGAUUGGGUUUGGGAAAAAGACGUGGACUUUCUGCGGGACCCCGGAGUACGUGGCACCUGAGAUCAUCCUGAACAAGGGGCACGACAUCUCCGCUGACUACUGGUCAUUGGGAAUCCUCAUGUACGAACUCCUGACUGGAAGCCCACCAUUCUCAGGGCCAGAUCCAAUGAAGACGUACAAUAUAAUUCUGAGAGGAAUCGACAUGAUUGAAUUUCCAAAGAAGAUUACCAAAAAUGCUGCCAAUUUGAUUAAGAAACUAUGCAGGGACAAUCCUUCGGAAAGACUUGGAAACUUGAAAAAUGGAGUCAAAGAUAUCCAAAAGCACAAAUGGUUUGAAGGCUUUAACUGGGAAGGGUUGAGGAAAGGAACCCUGACUCCUCCAAUCAUCCCUGAAGUCUCGUCUUCAACUGACACAAGCAACUUUGACAGUUUCCCAGAGGACAACGAUGACCCUCCUCCAGAUGAUAUGUCUGGCUGGGAUACAGAUUUUUAACGCCUCCCUCCAUGUGUAGUAGCCUCUCCAGUAGCUCCCUAGUCCUGCCUCAUAAUUGAAUUUCUGGGGAUGCCAUUUUAAGGGGUUGCCUGCAGAGAACAGCGAGACAGACAGUUGAUGAUGCUGUGAAUGGACAGUGACAGUGAAUGGGGCAGUCGUACCGCUUUGGGUCACCAAGAUGCCUUCACCAAUGUUGCUCCACUCUCCACCGAGGUGGCAUUGGGACUAACGUUUUAGAACGACAAAAGUCCUCUUCAGUCUCUCACCACCAUCGUCAACCAUGCCCCCCAUUGGAUCCCCUCAUGGAGAGGGUUUUGAUUUAUUUUUGUCACACAUUUGUAUAUUUAGGUUUAUGUAUUUGUUGUGGCUGUUAGCACUUACAAUACCAGUGUUUUCAGUGAUUACUUGUGAUACUGAGUGGAUUGAGACUGAGAGGGAGAGAUUCCUGCUCACUGUUGUAGCGUUUAUGGACCACAAUUCCAACGGGG